GAUCCCCGUCGCCCGCCCAGUCUCCAUCGAAUCCCCCAUCAACCCAAUUCUCUCGUCGCCCGCUCUUCUAUCCGCGCCUGUCGCCCCCGAUCCACCUUUUCCAACUACCUACCCUUCUUCUUCCUCUUCCUCCGUCCGCCUCUACCCAUCCAGAUCUAUGUGCUCAUCCCCCGCCGAUUUGCCCAAGGACCUGUUUCUUCCCUACCCGUCUCACUCCGUGUCCCUGCCUCCGUCGCAUCUCCCGUCUCUCGACGACCAACGCACCAUCGUUGUUCGCCUCGGGCUCGUCCCCUUGUUGUUUUGCAUCCUCCGUCGCCGUCGCCGAGCUUGGCGAGCCAUCGCCCCUCAACCCUGCGCGACGUCGUAGUUUUCAACCUGCCCGUCCUGUGCAACGUCUUUGUGCGUUGUCGCGUACAAUUUAAAUCUAUUGAUUUCUAGUCGCCGACUUCUUCUCAUCAUAACCUGUUCUCUAUCAACCUUCUUCUCCCCUUCUCUCUGCUUAAAUUGCUGCUUGUGUUGCGACGAGCGCAACCCGCUACCAUCCUACCUUCGUGCACAUACGCGCCCGUCCGAAUCAUAUUGGUCCGACUGCCCGACAGAUUUGGGCCCUCUUUCGCGUCUUACACGAUCCCAACCCCUCCCAGCGCUCCGGGACCUUUCUCUGGCUCUCUAUUGCUACGCGCAUCAACCAACCACCAAACAUGGGUCUAAGGCUAUUUACCGAGCCCGUCAAGUCUGACAUCCCCCCCCGGCAGGCUCGCGGAUCUCCAGCUGACCCUGCCACGGCCCGAUCCCGGAUCCGUCGCGUGUCGCCUACCCAACAGCACAGUGAGCGACGACGCCACCUCCAGGAAAGCCGCGAAAAUCGACUUCGGAUGCUUGUGGCCUUGCAAGAUCGAGACGAUCAUCACUUUUCAUCCGCCAUACGACUCGGCCCCCGUGGUCGCGGUGCUACCCAGGGCCCCUUGACACACGGUGGAUCAUACCGCGCUGGUAUAGAGGAUCCCGAGUUGACACCCGAGGUUGCCGCUCUCUUCCAGCGUCCCGAUCGCAGCGAAGAUGCCAAUUCUUACUUCCAUAUCCGUACCCGGCCCGCGGCUAAUGCUAGUCCCCAGCGGCCGAGCCUUUUCGACCGGUUUGGCGAUGAUUCAAUGCUUCACCAAAUUUCAAACCGCCAGGGUCCGGUUGAUGAAAGCGCGCCGUCUCGAGUUCAUUCAGAUACCCCUGCUGUUCAACCUGCAUCGCCCUCUCGUGCGGCGAGGGCCGAGCUACGAGACCCUAUUGCAUACCGAAGGCGACAACGUAUUCAGCAGCAGCUUCGCGGUGGCUUUCGGCUUCUUAGCCCGUCGCCCCCGCCCCCACCUGGAUACUCCCGCCCUGGACCUCGCGUUCGAUACGUAGAUGGCCUAGGUGACCGAGACCGUAGUCUUAGCCCAGAAGGCGACGGGGUCUGGGAUAUUCUCCAAUCCACGCUCGCUCCGGAUCCCCAACCGCCGAGUGUGGGCUCCUCGUUUGGGUCAGCUCACCCUUCCAUUGCAGUCUCGCAACGUACUACGCGAGCGUCUGCAAGCACGUCGGUCACAAGCCCGGGAGACGAAACUGAAUUUCCUUGCGACCCUGUGAACGACACCGACGGGGAAGACGAUGCCGAAGGCCAUGUUGACGAUGACGAUGGCGUUGUCGAUAGCAUUGUCGAGUCUCAGAGACUCCAUCGUUUGAGCGCCCGCCGAGGGGUCCAAAGCUGGCGAGACUACGCGGCGACUAUGUCGUCGCAGCGAAACGCGCCCGAUAAUGGCGUGGACGGCGGUGAGACGCGCAGAGUGCGCCGCCUAAUCCCACCACUGGGGCUGGAAGCGUGGCAGAACUACGCAGAUAUGGCCGAUGCCGCGUCCUCCCUGCCAUCGGCUCCUGACGAUCCCCUGUGGCUAGACGGAAUGCAUCGUAUUGUCCGCGGACUUGCCUCGCGAGAGGACAUCCCGGACGAGUGGUGGGCCGAAGCUGGUCUCACCCGCUCCAUGUCAUGGGACGGAUCCCACUAGGAUCGGCGAGCUCUCGGGGCGGCGUAACACAGUGCUCGUCAGCGAGGCGGGAAGCAAGCAAGCGAGCGUACGAGCGGCGGUCAAGGGUACCGAGAAGGGAGCGGAGGCUUUCAUUUUGGGUUGUUUGAAUCCUGGUAUGGUAGGGGGCGUUGCGGAAAAGUUGAGGGAGCACACAUCGCAUGCAGUUCGCUCUGUGCACUCCAUGCCAAGGCCCCGAGGGGAAUCUCUUUCCUGGUUUUUCUUUUUUCUUUUUCGCGCCGCAUGACGUCGCGGUUGUUAUGUAUAAUCUGUUGGGAGGGCGUCUCGGUCGGUAUCAGAAGAAUGCGCUCUCGAAUCCGGUUUGCCGGCGGUGAAUCGGGGCCCAGCACAUGACGGCUAAUUGAGCGAAUAUUAUGACAUUCCUAGCCACGUAACACCUGGACGCUCACGCAAGGGCAGCUGUCUAGAUCGUAUAGAUCCACGGCGUGCAUCUAAGCAGCAAGCUCGGUAGGCUAACCAGGAGUGGGCGCUGUGGAGGCUCUAUAUAUAUACCCACAUCCCACGGAAGCUGUGUAGAUUAGGCGAUUAGGCGCCCGACCGCGAAGGGUACGGCUGUCAGACGGGCAGAGCCCUGCGAGGACAUGAGGUACCUACGUCUACC